ACAGCUGAAGGGAACCAGAGAGUGAAACCAGUGACUGAGACCAGUGACUGUGUGUGUUAACCAGUGACUGUGCUGGUGCUUCAUGACUGUGUGUGUUAGCCUUUGAAUCGUGUUUUUGUCCCAACACCAACCACUGGCUCUCAGUCUUUAUUACCCAGGAGCAGUUUGCAGCAUCUGCUAACAGCAGCUAGGCUAGCUGAGCGAGCUAACCGGGGGCAGACCGGGGAAUGAGCACAGACGGUCCGAUUGAGGCGGUCUGGAGGCGGUCUGGAGGCGGUGCUGCCUGCGGGGGACUGACGACGACUCCGGCAGUUAGGAAACAGAACGUUCGCGUCAGGCAGCCGUUGACGGUUAACGGACGGUUGACGCGUCAGCUAGCUGAGGCUAACUGACGACCAACGGCUGAGUCUCAUCGACGGGUUCCGGGGAGGAAGAGCGCAGAUGGCGAGCGACCCCACGGCGGGCUACACCUGCCGGGCCAACGGAGGAGACGCCCCCGGUACAGGGUCCGGUUCUGACGGGUCCGGUCGACGCCGGUACGAGUCAGAGUCCGACGCCGGCCCGACCGUGAAGAGCUUAGCGCUGCUGUGCAGCCGGGACGAGGAGGCGAGAGCGGCGUCUCUGGAGGAGCUCAGUCAGGAGGUCCUGGCUCGGUUAGGACCGGCCCGGCCCGGGUCGGCCCGGCUCAGUAAACAGACUCUUUUACUUCUGCUGCGACUGUCCCGGUCGUGUCCACUGCAGGAGGUCCGGGGGAGAGCGAGCGAGCUGCUGCGAGCCGCACAGGAACAAGGAGUUGAAGUCCCUCGGGCGCUGGCAUCAGGCCCAAGCGCCUUUAUACCUGCAAAAGAGAUGUUGAAAGAAGGGCCAGACCAGGAUAUCCUCAUUGAGUCUUUCCUUUCAUUGGGCCGCGUGGACCACAUCACCAUGGUGAUGGCAAUGCACCCUGCCUACCUCAGCUGCUUCCUAAGGACCCAACAUGCUUUGUUGGAGAUGGACGGCCCCUUGCCCCGUCACUGGAGACAUUACAUUGCUGUUAUGGCUGCAGCUCGACAUCACUGCUCGUACCUGGUGCAGCAGCACAGCGCCGGCUUCCUGGACGCUGGAGGGGAGGAGAGCUGGCUGAGUGGCCUCCAGCACGCUCCCACCAAACUCCGCAGCCUGAAAACACUCAACAAACUGCUGGCACACAGACCCUGGCUCAUCAGACAGCAGCACAUCCAGGAGCUGGUGUGUCCCGGAGCAGAGCCUCGCUGGUCAUUGGCUGAACUCAUACACGCUGUGAUCCUGAUGGCGCACGCCCACUCACUCUGCUCUUUUGGGUGGGGAUGCGGCUUAAACCCUGAGCCCGACCACAUCGGAGGUUAUACUUUCCAACUUCCAUCACCCAUUCACCUUCCUCGAAGCCCCCACAGCCCUCACAGCCCUCAUAGCCCCGCCCACGAGGAUGGCAGGCAAGAGUUGGUUGACGGAGCGAUGGAGGUGGAGGUGUUGAUGCAGAGGAUGGUGGAGCUGCAGCAGCAGGAGGAGGAGUGCACACAGGAGGAGAUGGUUACCCGCUUCGAGAGGGAGAGGAGCGAGAGCAUACCAACCACGGUUGUGCGAGAAGCUCCGCCUGAUUUGGUGCUGCGUCUGGUGGAGGAUCCAGAGUUCAGAUACGAGGAUUUUGCCCCCAGAGGAGAGCAGGCACCACCCACCAUGAGAGCUCAGGACUAUUCAUGGGAGGACCACGGCUUCUCUCUGGUUAACAGACUUCUGCCAGACAUGGGCCAGCUCCUGGAUGAGAAAUUCCAGGUUGUGAGCAACUUGACCUACAAUAGGAUGGCCAUGCAUGAAGGUGUGGACACUCACACUCUGAGAAAAGCUCUGUGGAACUACAUCCACUGUCUCUACGGGAUACGCUACGAUGAUUAUGACUACGGCAGCGUGAACGUGCUGUUGGAGCGCUCCCUGAAGGUGUUUGUUAAAACCAUGGCCUGUUACCCCGAGCAGACCACAGCUCGCGUCUACCACGCAUUUUGGAGACACUUCAGACACUCUGAAAAGGUUCAUGCAAACCUGAUAGUGAUGGAAGCCCGGCUACAAGCAGCACUUCUUUAUACCUUACGAGCCAUCACACACUACAUGAGAUGACACACACACACACACACACACACACACACACACACACACACACACACACACACACACACACACACACACACACACACACACACACGCACACAUUUUUUGCAAUGCUGAGCCAGCUGUGACGUACCACAACCCAAU